GAAUUCAAAGGUACCUGGAUUGAAUGAGCAGAGCUGAGAGUCAAGGAGUUGGAAUGGUGGAUGGAUCUGGGGUUCUUUUCUUCCCUUGAAAUCCUGGGAUAAGAUUAAAUUAGUUUUAAAAGUUAGCAAUCUUUUGGAGGUUGCUUGAUGUUUUGUACUUUAAUAAUUUGUGAGGUUGCUUUGUCUUUGCUAUUUUGCUCCUAUAAUGGAUAAUGUCCAGUGCGGGGCCUGUGGUAGCUGGAGCUGAUGCUGUGGUGGCUGAGCCACUUUUCCCGCAUGCUUACUGUUACUCUUCAGCCACUUUGCAGCUUUCAUUUCAUUUGCAUUUGAGUUUGCAUUUGCAUUUCAUGUGCAUUUCAUUUGCUGUUUGCAUUUGCUGCCCGUUGCAGCCUCAUUUCAGCCUCAUUUCAGCCUCAUUUCAACCUCAUUUCAUCAACAUUGCAGCUCAGCUUGCUGCACAUUGUUGCUGUCAUUUUACAGCUUCAUUUUCACCAUAUUUGCAGCUAAAUUGCUGCCAUAUUUGCUGUCAAAUUGCAGCUUCAUUUGCUGUCAAUUUCCAGCCUCAUUGCUGCCAUUUCAUGGCAGUUUCAUUUCUUCAUUUCUGCAGAUUUGAUUGCCACGUUUCUAGCAAUAAUUCCAACAAAUUUGUCACUGAUUUAACACUAUGGGCUGCGCAACUGUCCGGAGUGCCGUUACAAUUGCCUGAUGCCGCGAGUUACAAUGGUUUGGAACUUCCGGACAAGUGUAUGUAUAAUGAGCUGACACGUCUGAACCCAGCACAGAGUGUUCCCGCUUGCUUCGCUAUUGAUGCACUGGCUAAUGGUGUCCGAUACCACCUCUCUCUCCAAUCCAAGGACUCGGAAUUAGCUUCAGUUCGCCACAAACAACCGUUUGUGAUCGGUGUUGCCGGUGGUACUGCAUCCGGUAAGACAACCGUUUGCAACAUGAUAAUCUCUCAACUCCAAAAUCAACGCGUUGUCCUCAUUAAUCAAGAUUCUUUCUACAAGUCACUCAACAAUGAGCAGCUGCAAAAUGUUCAUGAUUACAACUUUGAUCACCCCAAUGCCUUCGAUACUGAGCUUUUGCUUUCUUGCAUGGAGAAACUAAAACAUGGGCAGGUAGUUAGCAUCCCAAACUAUGAUUUCAAGACCCACAGAAGUGUUGAACCAUCACGUCAGGUGAACCCCGCGGAUGUCAUCAUUUUAGAAGGAAUACUAGUUCUGCAUGAUUCUCGUGUCCGUGAUCUCAUGAACAUGAAGAUUUUUGUUGAUACAGAUUCUGAUGUGUGUCUCUCCCGGAGAAUUAAACGUGAUACCAUUGAAAGAGGGAGAAACAUUCAAAAUGUUCUUGACCAAUAUAGUAAAUUCGUUAAGCCUAGUUUUGAAGAUUUUAUACUGCCAUCAAAGAAGUUUGCUGAUAUAAUCAUCCCUAGGGGAGGGGACAAUGUCGUGGCAAUAAACUUGAUAGUGCAACACAUUCGUACAAAGCUAGGCCAGCAUGAAAUAUGUAAAAUAUAUCCCAAUGUUUUUGUCAUACAUUCAACAUUUCAGAUUCGGGGAAUGCACACACUCAUUCGAGACGUUAACACAACAAAGCAUGACUUUGUUUUUUAUGCAGAUCGACUGAUUCGCUUGGUUGUAGAACAUGGUCUAGGCCACCUUCCUUUCACUGAGAAACAGAUUACUACUCCUACAGGAUCAGUCUACACUGGAGUUGUUUUCUGUAAAAGUUUGUGCGGAGUCUCUGUUAUUAGAAGUGGAGAGAGCAUGGAGAAUGCACUAAGAGCCUGUUGUAAGGGAAUCAAAAUUGGAAAAAUCCUGAUACAUGGAGAGGGUAAGAGUGGUCGCCAGUUAAUCUAUGAGAAGCUCCCUCGAGACAUCUCAAGCCGCCAAGUUUUGUUGCUUGACCCAGUUCUGGCUUCAGGAAACUCUGCCGUCAAGGCUAUAUCACUGCUUCUCAGUAAAGGCGUUCCAGAAUCACACAUUAUCUUCCUUAACCUUAUAGCAGCACCUCAAGGAAUUCAUGCUGUUUGUGAGAAAUUCCCCAUGAUAAAACUUGUCACUUCAGAGAUAGAUGCUUCACUCGACAAGGAUUUACGAGUGAUUCCAGGCAUGGGAGAGUUCGGAGAUCGAUACUUUGGAACAGACUAAAAGUCUGCAAAUUUUGUGCUGGACAAAGAGGGCAAAAGAUAGUUUGAUACCAUUUACCAUAGUUUCCUCACAAUAGACAGAAAACGGUUGG